CCAAAAAAUCGCAGUUUUGUCGAAACCCAGCCACAACUCCGCUUUGUGCAAUUCUACAACGUUCUCUAUCGCUAAUCGGUAUUGCGCACAUAACGUAUCGGUCGAUCGUUUCCUUCUCAGCGACCAGCUUCGAGGCUACAGCCCGACAACCCACCCCCCCCCAGAACGAACCUCAAACAAAACACACUAGAGAGAUGGCAUUUGGCGGUGCGCCGCGAGGUGGUCGUGGUGGUGGCCGAGGAGGUCCUCCUAGGGGAGGCGCAAGAGGCGGACGAGGCGGCGGUAGAGGCUUCGGCGGUCCAGGCGGUCCAGGCGGACGAGGUGGCAGAGGCGGUGGCCGAGGCGGUCCUGCCAGAGGGGGAAGAGGUGGUGGUCGAGGUGGUGCGAAGCCCGGCAUCAAGGGCGGAGCGAAAGUCAUCAUUGAGCCCCACCGACAUCCCGGAGUCUUCGUCGCACGCGGCGGGAAGGAAGACUUGCUCGUAACGAAGAACCUCACCCCGGGCGAAAGCGUCUACGGCGAGAAGCGCAUCAGCGUCGACUCACCCAGCACAAACGCCGCAGAUGGAGAUGCUCCGGUUACCAAGACAGAGUACAGAGUCUGGAACCCCUUCCGCUCGAAGUUGGCCGCCGGUAUCUUGGGAGGGUUGGACGACAUUUACAUCCGGCCCGGCGCCUCAGUGCUGUACCUGGGCGCUGCCUCGGGCACUUCCGUCUCGCACGUCGCAGACAUUGUCGGCCCCACCGGUCGAGUGUACGCCGUCGAAUUCUCCCACAGAUCUGGAAGAGAUCUGAUCACCAUGGCGACGCAUCGCACCAACGUGAUCCCCAUCAUCGAAGAUGCUCGCCACCCGCUCCGCUACCGCAUGCUCGUGGGUAUGGUGGAUGUGAUUUUCGCGGACGUGGCGCAGCCGGAUCAAGCACGUAUCGUCGGCCUCAACGCGCACUUGUUCUUGAAGGUCGGCGGAGGCGUGCUGGUCAGCAUCAAGGCGAAUUGUAUCGACUCGACGGCCAAGCCGGAGGUGGUGUUUGCCAACGAGGUGAAGAAGAUGAGGGAGGAGCGGAUCAAGCCAAAGGAACAAUUGACACUGGAGCCCUUCGAGCGAGACCACUGCAUCGUCGCCGGUAUCUACCACCACACUCCGCAAUAAUCGCCCUUUUUGAGUGCUACGGUUCGGCGCAAAGGGGGGGAUGUGUGUGGCAUGAUGUAAAAAGGAAAGGGUCAACCCGGGUGUCUAAUGUCUUGAGAAUUGCGAAAAGAAAAACAAUGUCAUGAGUUUUCCGAAUCUUGCUUUUCUUUCUGUUCGUCGACAGUGCCGCGCUAGGACGUGCAGGGGCGCCAUCGAAGUCGUAUCAUGAUGGAGGAGGAGGAGAGUCUUUCUCCGGCAUCACUUCUCCCUAGCAGGAGCAGAAGCGGGUAGGGCCAUGGAGCAUGGCGCAUAGCACAACACGUUGCGCCGCUCUGGACCGUCCCAGCCCUACAAUCUCCCGCAAGCACCUCGGAUGGAUUCAAGAAGCUGCCCGGACCCCAUCACCAGCUCUGCCGCAGAGGCGAAGCGAAGCGGCCAUGGUUUCUCAAGCACGUCCAGAAGAGAAACGAGGCGUUCAUUGGCGUUCGUGUGUGGCUCGGGGACGGACAAGGGAGGAGUAACUUGGGAAGUGCUGUGCUUUGAGUUCAAUACGGAACUGGGCGCGCGUGGGGAUAGGGUUCGCAGUUCGGUAUGUCAGCCCGUCGCUCUAGAUGAUACAUACAUACAUGCAUCCGUAGCUGCAUAGCUUCCCCAUGGUGUUUGUUGUCAAUGAACAUAAAAUCCCAGUCCAUCAACAAAGGAUCAUCGUCAAAUUCA